AUGACCAAAGACGGUGUUGGUUCUGGUAACGCUGCAGAAGCAAAAGCUGCGGAAGGCGGCGGUAAUGAUAAGGUGACUGCGGAAGGCGGACACAAAGACAUGGUGGUGGUUGAUAGGGCGAUGGUAUCGACUCUAUCACCUCUUUAUCUCCAUCCUUCGGAUGGACCGGGAAACUUGAUAACUACGGUACAACUUAAAGGAGAGAAUUAUGAAGAUUGGGCUAAGCAUGUGCGGAAUGCCUUGCGCACUAAGCGAAAGUUAGGGUUCAUUGAUGGGAGCUUAAUGAAACCUAACUCCGAUGAAGAAUUGGAACAAUGGGGUGUGGUGAAUUCCAUGCUUGUGGCAUGGAUCAUGAAUACGAUUGAACCCACCCUUAGGGUUUCAAUCUCGAUGACGGAUGAAGUUUAUGACCUAUGGGAAGACUUGAAGCUUCAAUUCUCAGCUGGAAACGGGCCACGUAUCAGCGAAUUGCGUGCCGAGAUUGCGAACUGUCGACAACAAGGUGAUUCCGUCGUGGUUUACUAUGGGAAGCUGAAGAAGAUGUGGGAUGAAUUGGCAAUAUACAAGCCAAUCAGAACGUGUUCAUGUGGAGAGCUUAAGGCUCAACUAGAGGAGGAUCGUGAAGAAGAAAGAACAAACACGUUCUUGACUGGCUUGAACUCUGAGAGAUUUGGGAUUGUGCGCUCGACAAUACAAAGCAUUGAGCCACUUCCAAAGCUCUCACAGGUGUACCAACGCAUUGUGCGUGAAGAGAGACAACAAACUAUGACGAGGAACAAAGACGUAUCAACCGAUGUUGUUGGUUUCUCGGUGAAUGCAAACUCUGGAAAUAGGGGAACGAAUUCUCACUACCAACAACGUGAGAAGGACGUGACUUGUACAUACUGCAGUAAGUAUGGUCAUGCUCAAAGUGAUUGCUUCCAACUUAAGGGAUUUCCAGAGUGGUGGGGAGAGAGAGGUCGUGACUUUAGUGAAAGAGGGAGAGGAAGUGGUAUUCGUGGAAGAUUUGGCAGAGGUGGUGGAGCUGCUUGA